AUGAAGGUCCUUCUCCCUCUCCUCGGUGCCUCAUUGGCUAGCGCCCACACCAUCUUCUCUUCUCUGGAAGCUGGCGGCGUCAACAAUGGCGUUGGCAACGGCGUGCGCGUUCCCUCCUACAACGGCCCCAUCGAGGACGUGACCUCCAACUCUCUCGCCUGCAACGGACCCCCGAACCCGACGAGCCCGACCUCCAAGGUCAUCACCGUCCAGGCCGGCCAGUCCGUCACCGCCGUCUGGCGCUACAUGCUCAGCAGCACAGGCACCGGCCCGGCCGAUAUCAUGGACAGCUCGCACAAGGGCCCCACGAUCGCGUACCUCAAGAAGGUAUCCGACGCGACCACCGACACCGGUGUCGGCGGCGGCUGGUUCAAGAUCCAAGAGGAUGGUUUCAGCAACGGCGUCUGGGGUACCGAGAAGGUCAUCAACGGCCAGGGCAAGCACACGAUCAAGAUCCCAGCGUGCAUCGCCCCCGGUCAGUACCUCCUCAGAGCCGAGAUGAUCGCCCUGCACGGCGCCGGCAACUACCCUGGAGCCCAGUUCUACAUGGAGUGCGCCCAGAUCAACGUCGUCGGCGGCACCGGCACCAAGACCCCUACCAACACCGUCAGCUUCCCCGGUGCCUACAAGGGAACCGACCCCGGUGUCAAGAUCAACAUCUACUGGCCCCCUGUUACCACCUACACCAUCCCGGGACCCGCGCUCUUCACUUGCUAA